AUGGCCGCCUCCGCCCCUCGCCAGAUCCUGGCGCGUUUCAACCACGUGCUGCCCGACGUCGCGGCGCGCGGUGUGCCACUGGAGAGGCUCGGCUUCAAGCCCGGCGAUUGGGGCGGCGGAAUCGCUUCGGCUGUCGCCGCCGACGCGUGGGACUUGGCCUUGCCGCUGGAAUACGGACACAGGGCGACCGAUCGCUGCGCCAAGGUCCUCUCCGUAGCGGUGGUGGCGUUGAGUCGCCCAGUUCAGUGGCCGACCUUGAACGCCAUUGCCCAGCCACAGUUGGGCCGCCGAAACGUUAAGGACUGCCCCCGGUGGGCGCAGUCCUGCGCGUGCGCAGUGCCCGCAGGGGAGCUGGCGCGAACAAUGGGCGCCCUAUCCAGCCGACCCCGUCGCUCGAGCUUGGCGGUCGUCCUGAACGACGAGAACGCCGCUGGCAUCGCGUCGGCGCUGCGCUCCAUAUGGGUGGCGAUGCAGGAGCAGAUGCACGGGCGCCACGCGCAGCUGAAGACAGCGCUCCGCGACGAGGCAUCAAGAGCGCGGGCGCUGAGCCAGGUGAUGGAGCGAACUCUUCGCGGAGGCGCGCCCGUCCAGCUGGGCUUCUCCGAUCUGGAGGAGUGGUUGGCAUCGAGUGACCCUUGCCGGUCGCGCUUUGCCAGGGGCGUGCGAGGCCUCGGCGACUUGCUCGGCGACCGCUGCACGUGCGGCACGGUUUCCUUCCGCACUCGCCAGCCUCGCUUCGGCGACGUCGCGCCCAUGACGGAGUGGUUCCCCUACGCGAUGCAUCAGCUGAAGAACUCCGCCGUCCAUAAGUUCCUCAGCGGGGACAUCGCCUACGCCGGCCAGGGGGGCCUUAUCCGGGUCGACGGCGCGCCCGACGACGACGACUCCAGCGACCUCGUGCACCUGGCGGUCCCAUUGGGCGCGCCCUUGAACGUCCGCGACCGCAUGGCGCUGGUGGUCGAAGAGGGCGACCUCAAGGCCGCGGCGGAGGAGAUCAUGGACAUUACCGGCGGCAACAAAGGAUCGCUGUUCGUGCGCGCGGCGCACUUCGGCGAAUUUCACAUGUGCGCGUCCGUGUUGGGCGAAGAUCGACAGACUCUUCGCCUCCAGCGAAACUCGUUCGCAUCUGGCAGGGUGCUCGUCUGCAUUGGUGAUUACGUCGGGGCAGAGUCCAACGCCAUCGGAGUUCUUCUCAGAAGCCUGCGCGAGGUGCCGUCGCCGGCCUGCCGCGCGUUGCUCCCGGCGCACUGCAGCGCGGCCGACCUCGAGCCCGACGGCGCCAACCAUUUGUCGGGCCUGACGGCGGGCGCCGCGGCGGCGGUCGCACGGAAACUCGGCAAGAGCUUGACGGCCGAUCAGACAUCCCUCGUAGAGUGCAUGGCGGCUUCCAAGAGAGGCGCUUUCUUUUGCGAGGCGUGCCCGGGCACCGGCAAGUCGCUCACCGCCGUGUCGGCGCUCCUCGGCGCCCGCGACGUCUUCGACGAGAAGGUAAAGGGCGUGGUGCUGCUGCAGCAGCGGACGCAGCGAGACGAGAUGCUGAGCUUGAUCCGCAGCGCGCUCGACGACCCAUUCGAGGCCGCGGCGAUCGGCCGCCCGGCCGGCGAUGAUUCUGCCGCGGACGAGGGCUACCUCGACCCGGCGCUGCUCCGCGCGCUGGACGACUGGACGGAGAGCAUCAAGGGCCGCAUCGACGACCUGCGGGCGCAGUUGCAGACGGCGCAGGAGAACCUCGAUCUCACCGCCCCCGAGGGCAAGGAAUGGAAACUCAAGAGCGAAGAGAUGCUGGCCUUAACGUUUCAGUACCGCAACCUCGUGGAGGAGGCCAGGGGGACACUCUUCGGGGGUGUCUGCGUUUUCGUCAUGACGGUGGACUGCUUCUUGCAGAUUAACUGCGGCAAAAAUUGGCUGUCCCCGAUCUUCCGGAAGUUCGAGUUCAGGCUGGGUGUCGUGGACGAGGGCCACCAGAUGGAUUUCGCGCAUUUGCUGCCGGUCGCGCAUCGGCUUGGCACGGCCUUGGCCAUGUUCGACAGAGCCCAGGACAUCGAGCACUUGAGGCCCACGGAGUUUCUGCGGGAGCAUUCGCCUCUGAGUUUCGGACAAUAUUACGCCUGGAAUCAGGCGUGCCAUGGACCCUGCCCGCUGCGCCUCUGGGAUUACGCCCCAACUUCCCACGUCUUCACGCUGUCAGUCACGUGGAGGUUCGGGCCCCUGCAGUGCAAGUUCAUGAGGGACACCUCCAAGGAGUACGGCCGUAAGGGGCACCCACUCAUCUGCGCGCUGGACCACGACGAUCGCGAGCGGUACGGGAAUCUCGCAGAUGUGCCUCAGACUGCCGUGAGAUUCGUGCGCUACUCGGACACGCAAUGGUUUCCGGCUGUGACCCGCGGCGUCCUCGCUGCGGACGCCGAGGCCAUUGGCUUGGGCGCGCGCCGGGGGGCGCCCGACCGCGGCGGCGGCGCGGAGGAGGCUCCGCGCGCGGCUGCCUGCAAGCCUGUGUUCGAGCAGAUGCUGUUCGAGGGCUUGUUGUUCCUGCGCGCGAUCGCGCUGGGCCGCGUUCUCGCGCCGGGCGGCACUCGCUCGACAACUAUCGCGCAUGGCACGAAGGCGAUUCUGACCAUGGUGUGGGCCAACGACGUCAGGGUGAACUUCGACGUCGUCGUGCGGGGCGCCCUUGAGAACGCGACGCUCAUGGAGUCCUUCGGCGUACCCGCGGAGGCAUGCGAUGCCCCUCACCUGUGGAGAGUUAUGACGCCGGAGGCCGCAUCUGGAGCUGACGCGCUCCUCCAGCAAACCACGGUGUUCCCCCGGAACUUGGGCGCCUUCGAUGUCCAGGGCAACGCGCGGGACGCGAUGCGCAGGAACGUGGCCUUCACUCGUGGCAUCCUGUUCGCUUCCUCCCACGAGUGCAUCGAGUGCUUGGAGGAUGGCCGCGCGGCGCCGCGCUGGAAGGCGCACUUCGACGCGAGCCAGCGCGAUCGCGCGCUCGCAGUCUGGGAGUCCCCGUGCAAGUCGGGCGGCCCGACGCGGCCAGUUGAUCCGCAGUGGAUCGACAGGAAGUGCGAGCUGGAAUGCGCCAACCGCUUGUUCGACGCCGUCAGGGCCUUCCUCUGGCCGUUGCCGAAGGUCGUGGCCGACAUGCGGAUGGCGGACCCGUGGCCUGCGAGUUGCGAACGCCCCCCCUCGCUGACGCUCGUGCAGGCGAUCCAGCUCGGGAGCGCGAACCUCUUCGACGACGGCGGGGCCCUCUCCGAUGUCACGCAGUUGCCGACGCCGAACCCGAUCGACGGCGCGAGCUGGGUCAGCGACUCGGACAUUUACGGGCUGGCGCCCGACCGCGAGGCCCUCCAGAUGUCUCUGCCCCAGUUGCUGAAGCCCAUCGGGGUGCGCGUGAACAACGGCCUGGCCACCGUCACUGCGCACUUUCUGGACGCUUCGCCCCGCUUCGAUGCGUUCCGCCCAACCCCCGAGGUGGCGGCGCGCGUCGCCGCGGCCGGUCGCGUGGCCGCGCUGCAGUCCAUCCGGCUGUUCCCAGACACGUUCUCCGAGGGCCGCCCCCUCUACGCCAGGCUCCUCCCGUACAAGCGCCUCCGCCUCGGGGGCGAUGCCCGGGAGGCGUGCCGGGAGGCGCGGACGGCGCUCGCAGUGGCGCUCGCAAGGGGGAGCGCCGAGACUCGGGACGUCGUCAUGUACCAGCAUGUCGGCAACCCAGACGCUCUGCAGCCGCCGAACACGUGGCCCACGCUGUUCAAGAAAAUGCCGCUGCACAUCGCGCGCUGCGUCCUCGCGACGAUGCACUUCCUGGCAGGGACCUUCCUCGACGACGCCUCGGUCCACGUGCGAUCUCGCUCCCAGUCGGAUGAGGACAAGGCCGCGGCUGCCGAGGAGCGAGACGACAUGGUCCACAGCGUGAACUCCAUGGUCAAUCUGCUCCGGCAGCGCCCAGGCUUGACUCGGGACGCGAUUCUGCCGCCGGUCGCGCUCUCCGCGGCAGCGACGGCGGCGCGCGCAGAUCUCGACGACUCGUUUCAGUGCGUCGUUUGCGACGGCACCGGCAAGUUGUUGGAGUAUCGCGCUGUCGCGGGGGGCACGGUAUCCUUGCCGUGCCCGCUCUGCGACGCGUGUCCCGUGUGCGGUGGCACCGAGACCUGGGAUGCGUACGACCCCCAGCUCCCUUGCCCGCUUUGCGUGGAUUGA